AUGUCCAACAAAAAGUCGGAGAGCGAAGAACUCGACAAAAGCGAACGGACACGUGAAAACAGAAGUUUCGAGUUUGACCUCUGUGGUAAAUGCUUCAGUCAUUCAGGACAUCGCAACGUACAUAGAAGGACACAUUUGGGUGAGAAGCCGUACAAAUGUGAACAGUGUGGCAAAUGCUUUAAACAGGCUGGACACCUCAAGAGACAUGCUCUCACGCAUACUGAAGAAAAGCCACAUCAGUGUCCUCAGUGUGGUAAAUUCUUUGCACAGGCUAGAGAAAAGCCACAUCAGUGUCCUCAGUGUGGUAAAUUCUUUGCACAGGCUAGACACCUCAAGACACAUGCUCUCACACAUACAGGAGAAAAGCCACAUCAGUGUCCUCAGUGUGGUAAAUUCUUUGCACAGGCUAGACACCUCAAGACACAUGCUCUCACACAUACAGGAGAAAAGCCACAUCAGUGUCCUCAGUGUGGCAAAUGCUUUGCACGGGCUGGAAACCUCAAAAGACAUGCCAAUACACAUAUUGGAGAAGAGGCACACCAGUGUCCUUAA